UUAAUGAUUUUGUGAGUGGAAAAUGGACGAGUGUGUGUUGUGGGUGACUGCCUUAGCCUCCCUCUCCAUCUCGACAGGGUUAAGCCAAGAAGAGGAGCACUAACGCAUUGGCUUUUUCUGCUUUUUUGUUUCAGUGCUCGCUUCACAAUUGUCAAUGUCUGUUGUUGCUUCUGCUCCCUCUUCUCACACCUGCAAAUGGGCAAGGAAACAUAUAUACUUUGAGUUCUUUCUUCUUCUUCUUCUUCUUCUUCUUCUUCUUCUUCUUAUUGUUUGACGCCUCCCCCUUUUCUCCAACUCUUUUGCCUCCUUUCUUACCAUGGCUUUCUUCUUCCUUUGAAUUGAAUUUGCUCCCUCUUCUCUCUUCAAAUCUCUUAAUCUCGUUCAUUUUGCUAUAUUCUUUUAGUUUUCAUGGAAAUUGAUCUCAACUAUGACGUCGGUGAGGUGGCGAAGAAUGCAUGCGCAAAUGGGGGUUGCAGCCAUGGUGUUUGUUUUUUGUCCUCUUCGAAUUCACCCAUGUCUUCUUCAAAUUCCUCUUCGCCGCCUGAUUCUUCUUCAAUUUACUUGGAGCUUUGGCAUGCUUGCGCUGGCCCACUUACCACCCUGCCCAAGAAAGGGAAUGUGGUUGUCUACUUCCCGCAAGGCCACUUGGAACAGUUCGCCAUUUCCUCGCCUUUUCUGGCCCGGGGAGCGGUCAAUUUUGAGCUUCAAUCCCAUAUCUUCUGCAGGGUUAUGGAUGUUCAACUGCUUGCUAACAAGGAGAAUGAUGAGGUCUAUACACAAUUGACUCUACUCCCUCUACCCGAGUUAGAAGUUCUGAAUUUAGAGAGCAAAGGCUAUGGGGAAUUGGUAUUGGAUGAGGAGGGGGGUGUGACACCCUCAAAAACUCCACAAAUGUUCUGCAAGACACUUACAGCCUCUGAUACAAGCAUCCAUGGUGGAUUCUCUGUUCCUCGUCGAGCCGCUGAAGACUGUUUCCCACCUCUGGACUAUAAACAGCAAAGACCUUCUCAGGAGCUUCUUGCUAAAGAUCUGCAUGGAGUGGAGUGGAGGUUCCGUCACAUUUAUAGAGGUCAGCCAAGGAGGCAUCUGCUCACUACAGGAUGGAGUACUUUUGUGAGCCAAAAGAAUCUUGUUUCGGGUGAUGCAGUUCUUUUCUUGAGGGGUGAAGGUGGAGAGCUGAGAUUGGGUAUUAGAAGAGCUGUUCGACCCAGAAAUAGUCUUCCUCAUUCAGUUCUUAGUAAUCAGAAUUAUCAAUACAUUCUUUCGCUUGUGGCUAAUUCUGUUUCCAACAAAAGAUCAUUUCAUGUUUUUUGCAGCCCAAGGGUCAGCAAUGCAGAUUUUGUCAUCCCUUAUCAACGAUUUAUCAGAAGCAUCACCAAUCAGAUACCCAUGGGGACCAGAUUCAGAAUGAAAUUUGAUGUUGAUGAUUCUCCUGACAAACGGUGCACAGGUGUGGUGACAGGGAUAUCUGAUUUAGAUUCCUAUAGAUGGCCUAACUCAAAAUGGCGAUGCUUGAUGGUCAGAUGGGAUGACAUAGUAAGUGAACAUCAAGAGCGGGUUUCUCCGUGGGAAAUUGAUCCUUCUGUUUCUCUCCAACCAUUGAGCAUCCAGCCCUUCCCAAGGCUGAAGAGACUCCGGACAGUUCUGCAGGCUACCCCACCUGAUAACCAUAAUACCGGAAAGGGUGGGCCAUUGGACUUCGGGGAAUCUGUAAGAUCCUCUAAGGUCUUGCAAGGUCAAGAAAAUGCAAGUUCACUAUCACCUCUCUACGGAUGUGAUAAAGUGAAGCGUCUACUGAAUUUUGGGAUGCAAUCCGUUGCCCAUCAAACUCUUGUAUCAAAUGGAACUGGGAAGGCAAAUUUUAGUGAUUUUAUGAAUAGUAAGCAGCCUACCCCUUGUAAAGGCUUUGUGGAAUCCAGUCAAUUUCCGAAGGUCUUGCAAGGUCAAGAAAUCUGCUCUUUGAGAUCCCUGACUGGGAAAACUGAUUUCAACCUUGGUGCUUGUGGAAGUCCAGACCCUGGUUGCAACAUUUUCGACAUUUGUCAAAGACCUAAACCUACUUUCUACCCAUUAGCUUUAAAAGGUGUUAGAAAAAUAUGUUCUCCUUACAAUGACAUAUGCAAAGCAGGACAAGAACCUUUAAUCCUUUCCCAGAUAACGAACUUCUCAGGGGAGAAUGUUGCAUUCAGUGGGUCUUCCAUUCGAAGUGGGGUUCCUCAAGAUGAAGUUGGAACUCCAAAUCUACAUAACAAACCGUUGCAUGGAAUGAUAGGUGCUCCUCGCUCUCCAAUGGAAAAUUUCAAAACUAGAAAAGAUGAUGCUUCGAGCAACACCAUGGCUGGCUGUAAACUAUUUGGCUUUUCCCUGACUUAUGAAACUCCAAACUCACAAAUUUACAAUAAGCGGAGCUGUAUAAAGGCCCACAAACAAGGCAGCUUGGUGGGAAGAGCAGUUGAUCUUUCAAGACUUAAUGGCUAUGACGACUUGCUGAUUGAGCUAGAGAGACUCUUUUCCAUGGAAGGCCUUUUAAGAGAUCCUGAUAAAGGAUGGAGAAUUGUUUAUACCGAUAGAGAGAAUGAUAUGGUGGUUGUUGGGGAUGACCCAUGGCAUGAAUUUUGCAAUGUGGUGUCCAAGAUCCACAUCCAUACCCAAGAAGAAGUGGAGAAAAUGACAAAUGGAGUGUUGAGUGAUGACACUCAAAGUUGUUUAGAGGAAGCACCGGCCCCAAGAGAUGCAUCCAAGUCUUCAUCAGAGGACCGGGCAGAUUAGACUCUCCUCCACAGUGGUUUGAGGCCCGAUAUUGUGUUUGUAAUAGUAUUAAUGUUGUUAAGCGCAUGUAACUUCCCUGCAUCUGAACCCAGUUGCUUGUCUUUUGGGGAUGUUCUUGGUGGAUUGACAAGUGAGUUGGAAUGCCACAUUGAACUUGGAUUAUGUAUCGGUUGCGAAAUGGUAACGAGUGUGAUUUGGGUUUUGUCGAUGUAUUCUUGUGCUUGUGAACAUUAUUUAUGUAGAGCAUGCCUUCUGUAAUUGUAAUGACUACAGCAUUUAUGGUUCUAGAAGUUUGGUAGUCCGUGUUAUGCAAAAGGGUAGGACACGCCCUUGUGGCUGAGAGAGAAUUUCGUAAAUAUAAAUUAUUUGGUGAA